GUGUCACCACAUUCAUUGCGCAAAGUGGGCGCAGCGCGGCGGGCUUCAUGCGCCCUGUCCGACUCGAUUUAACCCGCUGAUGUCAAAGAUCGGUGAAACGAAAAGAUCAUGAGAGAAACAAUGCGUCUGUAAGCUUCAAAUUAACCGUGAAAAUGGGCGACAGGAGCGAGAGGGGCGCGGUAAAGCACAGACGGAGAACCACGAUCUCUGGAGAGUCGGCGGAGGCUCGAGCGAAGCGCAGCGGCGCAGCAGAGACGCUCAGCGGGCAGGUGAACGAGAGAGAGAGGAGACAGGAGACAUCAGCCACAGCGAACAAACACAAGAAUGACAAUGAUGCUGUCGAUAAAAUACUCAGCUGUCACAAGCUUCAGGAGUCGUUGCUCAGCUCUGACAGCGGCUACAGCAAUUACAGAGGAAUUCUCAACUGGUGUGUGGUCAUGCUGGUUUUGACCAAUGCACGGCUUUUCCUGGAGAACCUUAUAAAAUAUGGCAUACUGGUGGAUCCCAUCCAGGUGGUGUCUCUCUUCUUAAAGGACCCCUAUAGCUGGCCUGCGCUGUGCCUGAUCAUCGUGUCAAACGUGUUUAUAAUGGCAGCUCUAUACACUGAGAGAAGACUAUCUGUGGGCUCCUUUUCUGAGGGUACCGGAACAUUCCUUCAUUUUGCCAAUCUUGCAACACUUUUGUGUUUCCCAGCUGCUACAGUUCUCACAGUGACCUCUAUGACCCCAGUGGGCGGUGCUGUGGCAUUGGGGGUGUACACAGUUCUCUUCCUAAAACUCUACUCAUACAGAGACAUCAACAAAUGGUGCAGAGAGACAAGACACGCCAAAGCCCGCACCCUGUCCCGCUCGCAUUCCUUUCCGUCUCUACACAGAGCGAAUGGCACAACCGCAAACACACACGUGACAUAUCCGGGUAACCUCACACACAGAGACAUGUAUUAUUUUAUUUUUGCUCCGACUCUGUGUUAUGAGCUCAACUUCCCUCGGUCUCCACGGAUACGAAAACGUUUCUUACUGCGACGAUUGUUCGAGAUGCUGUUUUUAAUACAGUUAAUGGUUGGAUUAAUACAGCAGUGGAUGGUGCCUACUAUUCAAAACUCAAUGAAACCCUUUCAGGACAUGGAUUUCUCUAGAAUGGUUGAACGACUGCUGAAACUCGCUGUGCCCAAUCAUUUAAUCUGGCUCAUCUUUUUCUAUUGGUUUUUCCACUCCUCUAUGAACUUCGUAGCUGAGCUCAUGCAGUUCGGAGACCGCGAGUUUUACCGAGACUGGUGGAACUCUGAAACAGUCCCAUAUUUUUGGUCGAACUGGAACAUUCCUGUACACAAAUGGUGUCUACGACACUUUUAUAAGCCCAUGUUGCUGAAAGGCGUUAAUAAGUUACCGGCUCAGAUUGCUGUGUUCUUCCUGUCUGCAUUUUUCCACGAGUAUUUGGUGAGCAUUCCCCUUAAGAUGUUUCGGCUGUGGGCAUUCUUGGGUAUGAUGUCACAGAUCCCACUCGCCUAUUUUGUGGGUCGAUUCUUGAGAGGAAACUAUGGCAACGCCGCUGUGUGGAUGUCGCUGAUCAUCGGCCAGCCGGUCGCCGUGCUUAUGUACGUCCACGACUAUUACGUGCUGAAUUCUGUGGCCGUGAGGCAGGACGACGCACCAUGACGUGACAUUCUUUACAAUAACCGAGAUGUUGAAUGUAAAAGCAAUGCAUAUAUUUUUACAAGGGAAAUGACAUGUUUUUAACACAAUAAAAGGCCAAUUUUUGGCAAAAGCACUUGGACUGAUCAGUGUGAGUAGGCUUGUGUUUUAUCAUGUGCAAUCGUAAUUGAAACACUGCCAAGCCAAAGCGACACAACAUCACAACACCUUCUCACUUCUGUUUCAUACUUGAAACUUUCCUAUAACGUUGAUCAAUGCAAAGAGGCACAAAAUGAAAAGUGCCAAAAAAGUGAUGCUGUUUGUUAUUAUUUUUCAGUUUUUUCUUCAGUAUAAAUCUAAUGUGUUUUUUAUGAUUUGUGAUCGAAUCAGGUUUUUGCACUUUAUUUGACAGUGCAUGAAGUGUGUUAGUGUUUUAACUUAAAGAAUGCAAGUUUACUUUAAACUUAAAAUAAGUUUUAAUUUUAAGAAUGUACCUGCUUUUACAGUGGCAAGAAAAAGUAUGUGAACCCCCUGGAAUUACCUGCAUUUAUGAACAAAUUUGUCUGAAAAUCUGGUUUGAUCUUCAUCUAAGUUAUAAUAAUCAAGCACAAUCUGUUUGAACUAAUAACACACAAUUUAUUGUGUUGUUCUUGUAGAUAUUGAAUACAUCACUCAAACAUUCACAGUGUAGGUUGGAAAAAGUAAGUGAACCCCUAGGCUAAUGAUGUCAGCAAAAGCUAAUUAGAGUAAGGAGUUGGCAAACCUGGCAUCCAAUUAAUGAAACGAGAUUGGAGGUGUGGGUUAGAGCUACUUUGACUUAUAAAAAGCACUCAAACAUUUUGAGUUUGCUAUUCACAAGAAGCAUCUUCUGAAGUGGCCAUGCCUUGCAAACAAAGAGUUUUCAGAAGACCUACGAUCAAGAAUUGUUGCUUUGCAUAAAGCUGGAAAGGGUUACAGAGUUAUCUCAUAGAAACGCUUGGUUGAAGUUAUUGCUGCCAAAGAAGGGUCGACCAGUUAUUAAAUCCAAGGGUUCACUUACUUUUUCCACAGCACUGUGAAUGUUUAAUGGGAUGUGUUCAAUUAAGACAUGAAAGAUUAUAAUUGUUUGUUGUUAUCUUAAGCAGAUUGUGUUUGUCUGUACUUGUGACUUUGAUGAAGAUGAGAUCAUACUAUAUGACCAAUUAAUCCAGAAAACCAGCUAAUACCAAAGGGUUCACAUACUUUUUCUUGCCACUGUAUGUUGAUUUGAUUAUUGUAAUAUUAUAUGUGAAAUAUGUUCAUCUGUGAAAUUGUUUAAACCAAAAUAUAGUUUUUUUUUUGUGCCAUUCUA